UGGCUCGGCUCGGCCUUCUCCUUCCUUCCUCCUCCUCCUCCUCGCGAGCAGCCGCCUUCCCGCAGGGAAUCGGAGGCUUCUUUUCGUCAGUGUUGUAACGGUGGGAAAGAAGCACAUUCAAGAGGAUGAGUGAACUGGAACAGUUGCGGCAGGAGGCGGAACAGCUUCGGAAUCAAAUCAGAGAUGCCAGAAAAGCAUGUAGCGAUACAACUCUUGCUCAGAUCACCACAAGUCUUGACUCAGUGGGCCGGAUUCAGAUGCGCACCAGACGUACCCUGAGAGGCCAUUUAGCUAAAAUUUAUGCCAUGCACUGGGGAUCUGAUUCAAGGCUACUAGUCAGCGCUUCUCAAGAUGGAAAAUUAAUUAUUUGGGAUAGCUAUACAACAAAUAAGAUGCAUGCCAUUCCUUUGAGAUCUUCCUGGGUUAUGACCUGUGCCUAUGCACCGUCGGGAAAUUACGUUGCCUGUGGUGGACUGGACAACAUCUGCUCCAUCUACAACCUGAAGACGAGAGAGGGCAACGUUCGAGUGAGCAGAGAGCUACCCGGCCACACCGGGUACUUGUCGUGUUGUCGCUUCCUGGAUGACAAUCAGAUAGUCACAAGUUCAGGCGACACCACCUGCGCUCUGUGGGACAUCGAAACCGGCCAGCAGACAACCGCUUUUACUGGCCAUACCGGCGACGUCAUGAGUCUUUCGCUAAGUCCAGACAUGAGCACUUUCGUUUCGGGGGCCUGCGAUGCUUCCUCCAAGCUUUGGGAUAUCCGAGACGGAAUGUGCCGGCAGUCUUUCACGGGGCACGUGUCCGACAUCAACGCAGUGUGUUUCUUCCCCAAUGGCCACGCGUUUGCCACUGGCUCGGACGAUGCCACCUGUCGGCUGUUUGACCUGCGAGCAGACCAGGAGCUCAUGAUGUAUUCCCACGACAACAUCAUCUGCGGGAUCACAUCAGUCGCCUUCUCCAAGAGCGGACGCCUCUUGUUGGCCGGUUACGAUGACUUCAACUGCAACGUUUGGGACACCCUGAAGGGCGAAAGAGCAGGUGUUCUUGCCGGCCAUGACAACCGAGUCAGCUGUUUAGGAGUCACCGACGAUGGCAUGGCUGUAGCUACAGGGUCUUGGGACAGUUUUCUCAGAAUCUGGAAUUAAUUUGUCAGCCGGAAACACACACACUCACAGACAGACACGCACACCUUUCUCCACCAAGACCUGGAGGGAUCUAUGCU